GCUCUGUCUGAAGAUGGAGCACUGCACAAUGAAGAAGCCGAGGUUGUGUGUUCUUUCCUUGCUGGAGGUGACAAUGGUUGCUCUUCUCCUGCUUGUCCAUGGUGUGCAAUGUGAGAGCUCUACUCAAGGUGGCGGUGGCGGCGGCGGCGCCGCGAACUUGACGGUAACCGGCACCGUGUUCUGCGACGCUUGCUCCUCCAGCUCCUUCUCCAACCAUAGCUACUUCUUGCCAGGUGUGAGGGUGAGAAUCGACUGCAUGAUCAGUGUGAAGUCGGCGUCGAAGGAGGAGAUCAAGAUCACGGCGGAGAAGGUGACCAACACCUUCGGCGCCUACCAGCUCGACAUCCCGGCGAUCGACGGCUUCGAGUGCGCCGCCUCCGCCUCCGCCUCCGCCACCGCCGCCGAAUCGUUCUGCCGCGCCGCCGUGCUCGACAACCCCUCCGCACUCUGCAACGUGCCGGCGGUGACCACCACCGUCGGCCACAUCUCCUUCUCCGGCCAGGAGCCCAGCAGCGCCUGCCUCUACAACCUCAACUCCCUCUACUACCGCCCAGGCAGCAAGAACGGCCAGUGCGGCGGCGCGCCGGAGACGCCGCCCGCCGCGCUGAACACGUCGCUGUUCUACUGCCCGCCGUGGCCGUGGCCGCCGAUCCCGUUUUGCACGCCGCGCCCGUGGUUCCCGCCCAUCCCGUUCCUCACGCCGCCGCCGCCGCCGGUGUUCCCGUUCCCGCUGCCGCCGAUCCCGUUCCUCACGCCGCCGUCGCCGCCCCCUCCGGCGUUCCCGUUCCCGCUCCCGCCGUGGCCGUGGACGCCACCGCCAGCGCCGCAACCGCCGCCGGCGUUCCCGUUCCCGCACCUGCCGCCGAUCUUCUCGCCGCCGUCCCCACCCCCGCCGCCACCGCCGGCGUUCCCAUUCCCUCUCCCGCCAUUCCCACACUUCCCGCCACUGCCAUCAUUCUACCCAUCACCACCUCCACCACCGCCGCCGCCACCGCCGCCGUCGUUCCCUUGGCCGUUCCCGCCAUUGCCGCCGUUCUUCCCGCCAUUUCCGUCUCCCACGACACCGUCGCCUCCGCCGUUGAUGUACUCUCGCAAAGAUCCGAGCACUUGGUCGUCUUCCAAACAGCAGCCAUGAGAAAAUACAUUUUGUUUUUUUGCUUGUGCUGAAAAACAAAAUUUGAUAUUGUGUACUAAGAUUUGUUCAGUGUUGAGAUGUAAGAGUGCACUUGGGUAUUUGCACUCUAUAUACAAAUAUUUGUAUAUUUUAGGUUCUGAAAGAACAAAUUAUAGGUUUCUUUGUAACUAUGAAAAAUGCAAAUUUAUCGUGGCUUGUGCUUUUUUUCAGUCUUUUUGCGACAAAUUUAGUUCACACAGGACUCCUCCAAUGGAUGCGUUGGCAAAGCUGA